AAAUGGUAAAACAAGGAGCACCGAACACAUUAGUUUCUGUUGGAAAGGCAAUGUGAACAUUGAAAUGCUUGCUUCAACUGGAACAAAACUAAUUUAAUCAUGGAAACACUAUCUUCUAGUGGUAGCCUUCUGCAAUUUAAAAAAACACCCACAUUGAUGUAUACUUUUGCCAAACGAAAAUGUCUGUAAUAUAAAAACCAUACAAUAUAGCAUAUAUAGCGCAGUACGAAAAAAUUGUGCAUUCCCUCCAAUAUCCUUCCGACAAACGUCUCACUUCUGAAGCAGACAACAAAUCGUCAAUUUUGAAACAGUAAUAAUAAUGUUUUACAUUUUUUUAUAAAACUAAUUUGAUUACUGCUUUUCUAUGUGACAUUGCUGCUGGAGAGCUUUGACUGUUAAGCAUAAAUCAGUGUCAUGUUUGAACGAAAAUUUAAAAUGAGCAGAAUCUAUUGCUCAAGUAUUUGAAAAUUGCAGUAUUCUUUUCCAUGGGCCUCAUAAACUUCUAAAAUAAUGGGAAGACAUUGCUUUUGCUCCAGUUGUCUGUCUUUCCAUCCAUCUGUCUCUGUCACAAAUCCUGUCUGCUCUUUACCUCGUGAAUCACUUGAACGAUUUUGAAAUAUCAAUCCACAAAUGUUUACUAUAUUGAGAUAAUGUGCAGAGCGCAAAUCAUAACCAGCUUGGUUCAAGGUCAAGGUCACACUAACAGGUCAAAGGUCAUAUGACUAUAUUUUGUGUCUGCCCCAUAUAUCUGAAACCGCUAGAGGGAUUUUGAAAUCAGUACCCACAAAUAUUCACCAUAUUAAGACGAUAUGCAGAGAGCAUGUAACAAUCAGCUUGAUUCAAAUUCAAGGUCACACUGAGAGGUCAAAUGUCAACCUCUUGAAUUGAUUGAGGGAUUCUGAAAUAACUACCCAAUAAUGUGCAGAGUUUAUGCUAUCAUGUUCAAAUGAAUAGGUCAAAGGUCAUAUGGUUCUAAUAUGACUAUUUUUUGUGUCCGCUACAUAUCUUAUGAACUACUUUAAUGAAUUUGACAUAACUCGCCACAAAUGUAAACCAGAUGACAUCACACUUAGAGGUCAAAGGUUAUAUGACUAUGUUUAUCAUAUUGUCCUUUCCGAUAACUCGAUUAUCUUUCCCUGAAUACUCUUCAAGUGGGCAUGCGCAAAAAGCGGAAAUUUACUUCCGGGGACUACACAAACCAGGAAGUAAACAGCAACAAGUGAAAAUGGAAAGUAAAGAUUCAAAACUAAUAAAGAAAACGGGCAGGAAAACCCCUAAGUACUGUUGUAUUUGUAAAGGAAUUUACAGAGGAAAGGUUAUUGAUGGGAGAAAAGUGUCAUUGCACCGUUUUCCUCAGAACAAACGUUUAAAACGUGUGUGGGUGCAGCGAUGUAAAACGGUCAUGAGAUCGUUCCAGUGGAAUGAACACAGACGAUUGUGUAGUGAGCAUUUUGUUGGCUUCAGAGGACCUUCAUUCCAGCAUACACUUCCAUCUAUGUUUCCAACUGAGACUGGUGCUACCAAAACCUUCCAGCCAACGCUCCUUGAUGAAGACGUAGGUGAUGAUGAUGAUGGUGAUACGGUCAAUGACGAUUUAGACCUAGAACUGUCAAAUGAUGAUAGUAUACAGCCACAACUGUCAUUUGUAUCCCCUUCCGGGCAUGCCAUUGAUACCUCUGUCCACCUGCAUGAUUACUGCAUGGGACCAGUACUACAGCCACAGAAUCAGUCCUUUAGAUGUUGUGACACACAGACUGAGAACAACUGUGCAGUGAUGGAAGUACAAACUGAAGAAAGUUUCCUGGGAAAAACAGCAGACUUCAGUUCACAAACAGAACAUUCUACUAGAGACUUUGGUGUACAAUGUCAGCUACCUAUGCUCACAUAUGAUGACGUAAAAUACAAUGACGAUUUGGUCAGUUUUUACACCGGAAUCCCUAAUCGAGUUGUGUUUGAAGCUUUGUUUGAUGAAAUCAAGGAUGAAGCUGAAGUGCGGACAUCAAGGCGGAAACUUAACUAUAAAGAUUCAGAUGGAGGACGGCCAAGAACUCUAAGUGUUCUGGAUGAAUUUUUCAUGGUGCUGAUGCGCCUACGUCUAGGUCUGUUAUUUGAAGAUCUAGGUACUAGGUUUUGCAUAUCCACUUCACAAUGUAGUGACAUUGUUGAAAGAUGGAUCAACUAUUUACAUGUACAAUUAUCCUUUCUUGUUCAAUGGCCAUCUCGUGAGGUAGUGAAAAAUAACAUGCCUGAACAAUUUAAAGAGAAAUAUUCUAACACUAGAAUUAUUAUCGACUGCACUGAAAUUUACAGUGAAACAUCCAGUUCUCUUUCUUUGAAAAGUUUAAUGUACAGUGAUUACAAGUCUCACAUGACUCAUAAGAUUUUGGUGGGUAUAAGCCCAAAUGGUGUUGUAACUUUUGUUUCUGACUGUUGGGUGGGCUGUACCAGUGACAAGAAACUCACAGAAAAAUGUGGACUCUUGGACUUGCUUGAAGAAGGAGACGCCAUAAUGGUUGAUAAGGGUUUCACUAUUACAGACCUUACUACUCCAAGAGGCAUUCAUCUCAUUAUUCCACCAUUUAAACAGAAAGGAAAACAAUUCUCUAAACGUGAGGUUCUCCUUACAAAAGAUAUUGCAAGUUUACGAAUACAUGUUGAAAGGCAAAUGGAGAGAAUCAAGAACUUUCGAAUAUUGCAUGGCAAUAUUCCUAUAACACAGUCAAGGAGAAUUUCUAAAGUGUUCAAAAUAUGCACAUAUUUGACAAAUCUAUGGCCACCACUUGUUCAAUAAUAACUCAUGUGUCAAUGAAAGCGUUUGUAUAUAUCAAGCAUUAGAUUUAGGGAUAAAAACUUGUAUACUUCUAACUAGAACAAUGAAAUUACAAUUUUGUUUUAAAAUCAUUUUUUCGAGCAAGUUAUAUGAUAACAUAUGAGAUUACACAUUUGAUUCAGGUUUGACAAAAAUGGAUAAGGAAAUAUGCUCAUGUGAAUGGAUUUCAAGAUUUGAUUUGAAACAUGUAUGCAUUAACUGAUCAAUUUAUUGAUAUAAUUUUUUGUUUGUGAAACAUCUGCUUUGUAUUUUGUGGUUUUAUUAUUUGUAACAUUUCUAAGAAUAAAAGUCAAAGAUCA